GGCAUAAAGCCUAUUGUGGCUACAAUAAGAACUUAGAAACAUUUUUUAAAUAUUUGAGUAAACAUGAUAUCAUGCACAGUAGCUGAUAUUUUCAUAAUGAAUUCAUUUUAAAUUUUGCAUUAUCUGUAGUUUAAACUUUUAUUUACUUUUUUCUAUUUCAAUUGUCAAUUGUAUGUGUAAAUAUCUCACUACUAGAGGACGAACACUCGUACAGGCUUGAAUGCUCAAUCAAUUAUGACACAAAUCAGAGCUAUUUCAUCUUUAAUUCACUUAAAGAAUUAUUACAACCCCAAAAAUGUAUUAAUUCAUAAAUCAAGGCCAAGCAUUUUCACACUAAUCAGACUGUGACUUUCUGUGUGAGACUGACAUCUAGUGGACUUGUUUAUUAUGACUGACACACAGGAACCAGGAAAUUACUGAGUUCAGGGAAACUGAAACUGUUGGGCUGUUGUUUGUUUCGUCUUCUUUCUGUGAGUACAUACAGUGAAAUGGCAGAAGCCAGUAUUUCAGUGGAUCAGGAUCAGUUCAUCUGUUCAAUCUGUCUGGAUCUACUGAAGGAUCCAGUGACCAUUCCCUGUGGACACAGUUACUGUAUGAGCUGUAUUACAGACUACUGGGAUCAAGAUGAUCAGAAGAGAGACUACAGCUGCCCUCAGUGCAGACAGACCUUCACUACAAGACCUGUUUUAAAUAAAAACACCAUGCUGACUGAAGUGGUGGAGAAACUGAAGAAGACAAAACUACAAGCUGCUCGUCCUGAUCACUGUUAUGCUGAAGCUGAAGAUGUGGAGUGUGACGUCUGUACUGAGAGAAAACACAAAGCUGUCAAGUCCUGUCUGGUGUGUCUGAACUCUUACUGUCAAAAUCAUCUUGAACAACAUGAGAAUUUAUUCAAAGGGAAAAGACACAACCUGAUAGACGCCACUGGACGACUUCAGCAGAUGAUCUGCCCUCAACAUGAUAAAGCCCUUGAGAUUUACUGUAAAACUGAUCAGAUCUGUAUAUGUUAUCUGUGUAUGGUGGAUGAACACAAUGAACAUAAGACUGUAUCAGCUGCAGCAGAGAGGACUGAGAAACAGAAAGAACUGAAGGAGACGCAGAGAAAAUACCAGCAGAGAAUCCAGGAGAGCCAGAAGAAGCUUCAGGAGCUGAGAGAUGCUGUGGAGACUCAUAAGCGCUCUGCACAGACAGCAGUGGACGACACUGAGAGGAUCUUUACUCAACUGAUCCAAACCAUUGAGAGAAGACGAUCUGAGGUGAUACAGCUGAUCAGAGAUCAGGAAAAGACUGCAGUGAGUGAAGCUGAAGGACUCUUGAAGCGACUGGAGCAGGAGAUUGAUGAUCUGAGGAGGAGAGACGCUGAGCUGGAGCAGCUUUCACACACAGAUGAUCACAUCCAUUUCCUCCAGAGUUUUCAGUCUCUCUCUGUUCCUCCUGGAUCUUCAGACUCACUCAGCAUCACUGUCAGCUCUCUCAUCUCUUUUGAUGAUGUAGGAAAAUCUGUGUCUCAUCUGAGAGAGAAACUGGAGGAUUUCUGUAGAGAAGAGAUAGAAAAGAUAUUUGAUAAAGUUAUUCCUGAACCUGAGACCAGGGAGCAGUUCCUAAAAUAUUAUCAUCACUUCACUGCAGAUCCAAACACAGUAAAUAAACGUCUCCGUCUGUCUGAGGGGAACAGAGUGAUUACUUACACUUACACAGAGCAGCCGUAUCCUCAUCAUCCAGACAGAUUUGAUGGUUGUUAUCCUCAGGUGUUGUGUAGUGAGAGUUUGAGUGGACGCUGUUACUGGGAGGUUGAGUGGAGUGAUGAUGUGGUUUAUAUAUCAGUGUCAUAUAAGAGCAUCAGCAGGAAGGGAGGGGGUUAUGAGUGUUUCUUUGGAUUUAAUGAUCAGUCCUGGAGUUUGCGCUGCUGUGACUCCAGUUGUUCAUUCUUUCACAAUAACACUGAGACUAAACUCCCUGUAGUGCUCAGAUCUUCUAGAAUAGGAGUUUAUGUGGAUCACAGUGCAGGAUCUCUGUCCUUCUACAGCGUCUCUGACACAAUGACCCUCAUCCACAGAGUCAACACCACAUUCACUAAACCUCUCUAUCCUGGGUUUAGAGUUUAUGGAUCAGUGAAACUGUGUGAUAUAACAAUAAGAUGAUACAGAGAGCCUACAAUUAUAUUGUUAUAUACAUUGAAUCCCAUAGUAAAUAGAAAUCUUCACACUGCAUCAUCUAGUAAUGAUUGUAAAGUAUACAGGACUAUAAAGUCAUCAAUGACUAUAACAGCACAAACAGCAUCUCACUGUGUAUAUGUUUUUCCAUGCAGGAUUGUGUUACAUUCAGUGACCCCACUGUGUACAUUUAUUCUGCAAAUGUUUAUUUUAAAUUCACAGGGACUGAUAUUUUAAAUACUAAAAAUACUAAAUACAACAGCAAGUACUGUAUAUUAGCUCUAGUACAGUAUGAAUGUUUUUCUUACAGCACUUUGUUGUAUUUUGUUGCUUUAUUCAGUUAAUUUUUGUAUUGAUGGUUAAACUGAGUCUCUCAUUCAGUCUUGUGUUUAUUUUUGGACUCUUGAUUUAUCAGCAGAUUCAGGUGAAUGUAACCGCUUGAUAAACACAAAUGUAGAUGUGUCUGUAUGAUGCUGUCACAUAGUGGAUGUGUUUAUUUUCUUAAUGACAUCUGAUUGUACAACAGUGUUGCCAUGUCAGUAUAUUAAAAACAACUUUUUUGAGGCAUUAGAGGAUUUGUGUAAAAAUGCAGUGAUAUCAAUAAGCUGUUAAGCAAAACAUGUCCAGCGGCAGUGGCCUAGUGGUUCAUGUAGGUUGUCUACAAACCGGAAGGUUGGUGGUUCAAUCCCCGGCUCCAUCGGACCAAGUGUCGAGGUGUCCUUGAGCAAGACACCUAACCCCAGCCGCUCCCGACGAGCAAGGCUGACACCGCCGUCGGUGUAUGAAUGUGUGAGUGAAUGGGUGAAUGUGAGGCUAAUUGUAAAGCGCUUUGGAUGGCCAAGUCUGUUAAAGGCGCUAUAUAAAUGCAGUCCAUUUACCAUCCAUUCCAUUUUAUACACAAUUCACAUGGUAUUUAUUUAAAAAAGUCUGGCCACAAUAUAUUUAACUUUUGUAUGUCUUUUUGUGUCUUCAUAAUUUAAACAUUAGAGCUGCUGUAAAGGAAAACCACCUGUUGGCCCAAAUGUCGGAAAACCAAUCGGCAUGGCGAAGGGUCCUUGCGCGUUCGGUCUCUUCCGGUGUUCGCUGAUGACGUUUUAACGUUACGCAAUUUAGGUAAUUUUAUCUGCCUACUAAAGAUAAAAUAUUGUUAUUUGUAAUAUGAAUCAAAUAGAUAAUUGUGUAAUUUGGAUAAAUGUUUGAUUAUCUUAUUUUGAUUCAUUAUUAUAUUGACUCAAUUGGAUGUCCUUAGAAUCCUUACAUCAGCCGCUGCAGGUUCUCGAUCACAAACUCGACCAUGCAACUAGUUAAGAGUUAAGAGGUUCAUCAGAUCCUUAUAAUUAAUGGCAGUCGAUACGUCAAGAUUUAUCACUGGUAGGUAGAGUUAACUGUUUCAUCAGACCAAAUAAUUGAGGACAGUCGAUGUGCCAAUGCUUAAUCCUAUCGAUUGAAGGGUAAGUGGUUCAUCAGACCAAAUAAAUAAAAUGAAAAGACAGAUGAUACGCCUACUUAAUCCUUGUCGUAGAUUUGCGGUAACAAAGGAUACAACAAAUUUACUUAGUCAAUAAUUAAAGGUAAGUCCGAAUGAAGUCAAACAUCAAAAUAUAUUAUAGCCAGGUAAGGAGAUCAUAAUUCAAACGCCAAUUAACAAUUCAAAUCGAAUACGAAGCAUAAAUCAAUAAACAGAUAUAAUCAUAUGAAGGCAUUGCAUACCUGUCAAAAAGACGAUACUCUGUAACAGUGUAGGAGAUCUGGCUACAGAUUCCUCAUGUAAAUAAAAAUACAUGAUGCUGUGCCCAAGACACAACGUCAUGAGGUUCAUUUCUAAAUAUAGAAAACCCCCCUGAACCCUUUGCAAACUUUCCUUAAAUAUCCAGAGGAAACAAAGCAUUUUAAUAAUGAUAGGAAUUUGGGGUGAUUGGGUCUUGUGAACUCUGUACGUCAUGGGUGAUUGGUUCACAUGUCUAUGUCUCUCAACAUUGAGUGAAGUUUGCUUAAUUUAUUGUUACACUUUAUCAUUGAAUUUUGUUGUUGUAUAAGUGAGACCAUUGCACCACUUGCACUAAAACAUUUCAAAUGAUAUCAAACAUAAGAACUUAAACCGUUGUGAAUGUGAAACGUAACACUUCUAACACAGUUAACAAGCUGAGAUUUAAGAUGCUCUGAGCUGAGACAAUGAUGAGAGGGGAAAAGAGAAACAGAUUUGUGUAAUCUUGGUGAGUUGUGACUCUGUCUCCACACAGUGGGGUGGUUUGUUUAAAGGUAGAUGUGAACUCUUUGAGAAAGAUUUCAGAUGUUGAUUCAACAGGACUUAAAUGUUUUAGAAAACGGUUCCCUCUGGAUUCAGCCAUUUGAACACUGUUUACAGCUACCUUUAGUUAGGAUUUGACAUCAUCCUUACAGUGCUAUCAAUAUAAUGAUCAUGGCUUUGAUUGAAGGAAAUUCUUGAACUGAAGAUAAAUAGGGGAGAGUGGGGUGAUUUGUGCCAUGGGGGAAGUUGUUCCCCCCUUUUUUCUGGAAAACCAUAGAAGAAAUUGGUCAUGUGACCACAUAAUUUUGAUAAGCCAUCAAUUUUACUUAUCCUCAAAAAAAGAGAGACACAUGGCAUGAGAGGUAAGCACAUUUUAGCUCCCAAAACUGUUUUUCUC